AUGACUUGUACUUUUGUUGAAGGGCCUGCGGGUGAUAUUGGCCCACCGGGACUGGCCCUGCCGAUCACCGGGGAUGAGGGCACUGAGGGCACCUUGGGCUUCCCUGGCCUGAAGGGAGAGAAGGGCACUUCUGGGUUGUCAGGGCUGCCCGGCAUCGCUGGACUACCAGGGGUCAAAGGUCCAAAAGGAGGGCCAGGCAGAGUCAUCCCUCCUCCUCCCUACCCGUCACCUCCCCGGGGCCCCUCAGGUCACCCCGGCCUCCCCGGACAGCCUGGCUCUGCUGGGCCCCCAGGAGCCCCCAGCCCCGUGGGGCCGAAAGGUCUCAGCGGGCCCCCUGGACCCCAAGGAUUACAGGGUCCAGUUGGUCCAGCAGGGCCGGAUGGAACCCUGGGAGACAGUGGAUCACAAGGGGAAACAGGAGUCCAGGGACCACAGGGUGACCCCGGUCCACCCGGCGACCCCGGAAGCCCCGGACCGACCACAUCCUACAACUCUGGCUUCCUGUUGGUGAUGCACAGCCAAUCAGAGACUGUUCCCUCCUGUCCUGAGGACAUGAGCACCCUGUGGAGCGGAUACAGCCUCCUCUACCUGGAGGGCCAGGAGAGAGCACACACACAAGACCUGGGCCAGGCCGGCUCGUGCAUCAGGCUGUUCUCCACCAUGCCCUUCUCCUACUGCAACAUGGGUACCUGUCACUACGCCAGCCGCAAUGACAAGUCCUACUGGCUGUCCACCACUGCUGCAGUUCCCACCAUGCCCCUGGGCGGCACCGCCAUCAGAGAACACAUCAGCCGCUGUGUGGUGUGUGAAAGCCCCGCCCCCGCUGUUGCCAUGCACAGCCAAGACUCCGCCCACCCACCCUGCCCCCCCUCCUGGAGAAAUCUGUGGGUGGGCUACUCUUUCCUCAUGCACACAGGGGCAGGGGACGAGGGGGGAGGUCAGUCUCUGACAUCAUCGGGAAGCUGUCUGAGGGACUUCCGGGCCCAGCCGUUUGUGGAGUGCCAGGGGCCCCGGGGAACCUGCCACUAUUUUGCCAACAUCUACAGCUUCUGGUUGACCAGGGUGGAGUCUUCCUCCUCAUCUUCCUCCUCCUCAGCCACACUGAAGGAGGAGUGGCGGCAGCGGCAGAACGUGGGGCGGUGCAGCGUCUGCAUGAAGGAGUGA